GUACCAAGCCGCAGAAGUAGAAAAAGAUAGCAACUCCAAGUGUAAGUGGUUGCUCACGACACUGCUUCAGUCCUUCACGAUCCGCAGAUCCCCAGUCUCCGAAGGCCUCCAGGACCUUGGAAUUCUUGUUAUCUUCAUUUAAGAGCCUUCAAGGACAUAAACGAGGCCCUUGAGGUCCCCCUGAGACCUACCUGAGCAUGACCCGGGAUGAGACCCUCCCUGACUCCCAUUCUGCACAGACCUUCUAUGAGAACUAUGAGCCCAAGGAGAUCUUGGGCAGGGGAGUCAGCAGUGUGGUCAGGCGCUGUAUCCACAAACCCACCUGCCAGGAAUAUGCCGUCAAAAUCAUCGACAUCACAGGCGGAGGCAGCUUCAGCUCCAAGGAGAUACAGGAGCUUCGGGAAGCCACACUGAAGGAGGUGGACAUCCUGCAGAAGGUCUCUGGACACCCCAACAUCAUACAGCUGAAGGACACUUACGAGACCAACACUUUCUUCUUCUUGGUAUUUGAUCUGAUGAAGAGAGGGGAGCUCUUUGACUACCUCACUGAGAAGGUCACCUUGACUGAGAAGGAAACCAGAAAGAUCAUGCGAGCCCUGCUGGAGGUGAUCUGCACCCUGCACAAACUCAACAUUGUCCAUCGGGACCUGAAGCCAGAGAACAUCCUUCUAGAUGAUGACAUGAACAUUAAGCUCACAGACUUCGGGUUUUCCUGCCAGCUGCAGCCAGGAGAGAGGCUCCGAGAGGUCUGCGGGACCCCUAUUUAUCUGGCCCCUGAAAUCAUCCAGUGCUCCAUGGACGACAGCCAUCCUGGCUAUGGGAAGGAGGUGGACAUGUGGAGCACUGGCGUCAUCAUGUACACGCUCCUGGCUGGCUCCCCACCCUUCUGGCACCGGAAGCAGAUGCUGAUGUUGAGGAUGAUCGUGGACGGCAAAUACCAGUUUGGCUCACCCGAAUGGGAUGACUACUCAGACACAGUGAAAGACUUGGUGUCUCGCUUCUUGGUGGUGAAACCCCAGGACCGCUGCUCGGCAGAAGAGGCUUUGGCACACCCGUUCUUCCAGCAGUACGUGGUGGAGGAAGUGCGGCACUUCAGUCCCCGAGGGAAGUUCAAGGUGAUCUGCCUAACCGUGCUGGCCUCGGUAAGGAUCUACUACCAGUACCGUCGGUUGAAGCCCAUAACCAGGGAGAUCGUCAUCCGAGACCCUUACGCCCUGAAGCCUCUCCGUAAGCUCAUCGACGCCUACGCUUUCCGAAUCUACGGUCACUGGGUGAAGAAAGGGCAGCAGCAGAAUAGAGCUGCCCUCUUCGAGAACACACCCAAGGCAGUGCUCCUCUCCUUGGCCGAGGAGGAGGACUUCUGAGGGAUAGUAGGACAUCCCAGAACUGUGGAGUCCCCAAAGAGUUCUCUGCGUCGUUGCAGGUGGCCCUACUCUGUGCACCCCACUAAAAGCACAGGGUGUUCCCAUUAAACAGCAGUAAUUACAGCUAGGGCUGGGUGUGGUGGCUUAUGCCUGUUGUCCUGAGGCAAUAGGAUCCCAGGUUCCAGGACAGCCUAGGCAGCUUAGUGAUGGUUGCUUCAAAAUAAAAACAGGGCUGGGAAUGUAACUCUAUGGUGAGUGUAAGGCCCCAAGUUCAACCCCUGGUAUGACAAAAGUAGAUGAUAGAUAGAUAGAUAGAUAGAUAGAUAGACAGACAGACAGAUAGAUUA